CGAGGGAAGAGUGUCGGCGGCGCGCGGAGAAGGUUUGAUGACGUCACCGAGGCGCCCUGGCUGCUCCUGCUGGGCAAAAAAAGAAAAAAAAAAAGAUGGGAAAAUCAGAUUGGCGUCCUAUUUAGCGACAGCGGCUGCACGGGCUCCUGGUGGAGAAGGGACAUCUGCGUAUGCCGCCUGUCGCUCUCAACUUAUUUGAUCAUGAACACUGAGCUGAGCGCCUCCAGCUGAGCAAGCUCGCCACAACCACCGGCACACAUCCGCCAGAUUAUUAACCCACACCUCCUUUUGCGGCCUCCCGUUCGACAUGUACGGUAGCGCCCGCUCCGUCAGCAGAGGGGACGCCAACCACGGCGGCAGGGAUGCAGGCGGCAGCCAGGGCUCAGGCCGCUCCCCUCGGCUCCCGCGCUCCCCCCGCAUGGGCCACCGCCGCACCAACAGCACGGGAGGAAGCGGAGGCGGUCCGGGGGGACCCGGAGGCAAGACGCUCUCCAUGGAGAACAUCCAGUCCCUCAACGCCGCGUACGCCACCUCGGGGCCCAUGUACCUGAGCGACAACGAGGUGGCCAUGGGCGGCGGCGGCGGCGAGCACCUGCCCAAGACCGUGGGAGUGGCCGUGACCACCAUGGGGAGACAGAGGGUGACCUACGGGUCCAGGAGCAGCAGCAGCAGCGGCGGAGUGGUGGCGGCGAGCACUCCCAACAUCUCAACCUCCGGCGCGGUGCUGCCUGCAGGACUGAUGGCGGGGGACGCUUUGGCUUUUGGGGACCACCACAUGGCGUCGACCGUACCCCAUUCUUUACGGCAGGCCAGGGACAACACCAUCCUGGACCUUCAGACACAACUUAAGGAGGUCCUGCGGGAAAACGAGCUGCUGCGGCGGGAAGUGGAAGUCAAAGAGAGCAAGCUGAGCUCUUCCAUGAAUUCCAUCAAGACGUUUUGGAGCCCAGAGUUGAAGAAGGAGCGAGCGCUGCGCAAAGACGAGGUGUCAAAGAUUUCCGUGUGGAAGGAACAAUACCGUGUGAUUCAAGACGAGGCUCAGCAUCUCCAGAUGACAGUACAGGCGCUCCAGGAUGAGCUGAGGAUCCAGAGAGACCUAAACCAGCUGCUCCAGCAGGACCCUGCCAGCCAAGGCCGGGACCUGGCCCUGUCGUCCGAGCCUACCGAGGAGAACUUCAGGCGGCUCCAGUGCGAGCACGACAGGCAGGCCAAAGAGCUCUUUCUGCUCAGGAAAACCCUGGAGGAGAUGGAGUUGAGGAUUGACACACAGAAGCAAACCCUGGGGGCCCGAGACGAGUCCAUUAAGAAACUCCUGGAGAUGCUGCAGAGCAAAGGUCCAUCUGCUAAGGCGUCAGAGGAGGACCAGGAGCGCACCAGGAGGCUGGGGGAUGCAGAGAUGCACCGGCAUCACCUGGAGAGCCUACUGGAUCAGCGAGACAGGGAGACCACUGCCUUGAGAGAGGAGCUGCAUCGUAGAUAUGAGGGAACACCAGAGUCCACCAAAACUAAGGCUUUGCAGACAGUUAUUGACAUGAAGGAUGCCAAGAUCAACUCCAUGGAGCGCGGCCUGAGGGAUAUGGAGGAGGAGCUGCUCAUGAUGAAGUCCAACGGGCUUCUGAGCUGUGAGGAGCGUCAGGAGGAGAUGAAGCAGAUGGAGGUUUACCGCAGCCACACCAAGUUCAUGAAGAACAAGAUGGAGCAGGUGAAGCAAGACCUGUCCAGGAAGGACACGGAGCUGCUCGGCCUGCAGACCAAGCUGGAGACGCUGACCAACCAGUUUUCCGACAGCAAACAGCACAUUGAAGUCCUCAAGGAGUCUCUCACUGCCAAGGAGCAGAGAGCCGCCAUUUUGCAGACAGAGGUGGAUGCUCUGCGUCUGCGCCUAGAAGAGAAGGAGGCCACCUUAAAUAAAAAGAGUAAGCAGAUCCAAGAAGUCUCCGAGGAGAAAGGAACGCUCAAUGGAGAGAUACACGAUCUCAAGGACAUGCUGGAGGUGAAGGAGCGCAAAGUCAACGUGCUGCAGAAGAAGAUCGAGAACCUGCAGGAGCAGCUGCGGGAUAAGGAAAAGCAGAUGAGCAGCCUGAAGGAGCGAGUCAAGUCCUUGCAGACCGACACCUCCAACACAGACACCGCCCUCACCACGCUGGAGGAGUCUCUCGCCGAAAAGGAGCGCAUCAUUGAACGGCUGAAGGAGCAGCGAGACCGAGACGACCGGGAGAAAACGGAGGAGCUGGAUUGUACCAAGAAGGAGCUGAAGGAGUUGAAGGAGAGACUCAGCUUGCUGCAGGGAGAUCUGUCGGACAGAGAGACCUCUCUGCUGGACCUGAAAGAGCACGCCUCGUCCUUGGCCUCAUCCGGUCUGAAGAAAGACUCCAAGCUGAAGAGCAUGGAGAUUGCUUUCGAGCAGAAGAGGGAGGAAUGUCUCAAAGUGGAGAACCAACUUAAGAGGGCUCAGAACGCGGCUCUGGAGGCUCUGGCCAACACCGAGCUGGCCGAGCGCAUUAAGAGCCUGGAACAGGAAGUGGCACGCCACAAAGAGGAUUCUGGGAAAGCGCAAGCCGAGGUGGACCGCCUGCUGGAGAUCCUGCGGGAAAUGGAAAACGAGAAAAACGACAAAGACAAGAAGAUCAGCGAGCUUGAGAGGCAGAUGAAGGACCAGACGAAGAAGGUGUCGUCUCUGAAGCACAAGGAGCAGGUGGAGAAAAGCAAGAACGCUCGGCUGAUGGACGAGGCCAAGAAGCGCGAGGACAACAUGUCGGAGAGCUCGCUGCACGUGAAGGACUCUUUGCGUCAGAAGUCUGAGCGCAUAGAGGAGCUGGAGGAGGCCCUCAGAGAGAGCGUGCAGAUCACCGCCGAGCGGGAGAUGGUGCUGGCUCAGGAGGAGGCGGCCAGGUGCCUGCAGGAGAAACAGAAGUACUCACUCAAUGCAAUGCAUGAGUCCAACCUCGCCCACUUAAAGUGGUCUAAGAUGGAGGAGUUGCUGGGCGCCAUGGAGAAAGUCAAGCAGGAGCUGGAGUCCAUGAGGGCCAAGCUGUCCUCCACCCAGCAGUCCCUGUGCGAGAAGGAGGCCCACCUCACCACCCUGCGAGCUGAGCGCAGGAAGCACCUGGAGGAAGUGCUGGAGAUGAAGCAGGAGGCGCUGUUGGCCGCCAUCAGUGAGAAGGACGCCAACAUUGCCCUGCUGGAGCUCUCCUCCUCCAAGAAGAAGAAGACCCAGGAUGAGGUGUCUCUGCUCAAGCGAGAGAAGGACCGACUGGUGCAGCAACUCAAGCAGCAGACUCAGAACCGCAUGAAGCUGAUGGCGGACAACUACGAGGACGAGCACCUGAAGACCACCCCCGACCAGACCAACCACAAGCCCUCCCCAGACCAGAUGAUCGCCCCUCUCGUAGCCCUGUGCCAGAACCGCAGCAAGCUGAAGCUCUACAUCGCCCACCUGACCGACCUCUGCCACGACCGCGACCCCAGCAUCCUCAGCCAGCUCACGCCUCCCGCUCACUACCAGCACGGCGACCCGGACCGCUGGGAGGAGGAGCUCCACAAGAUGAGCAGACAACAGCUGGAGGAGGAGCUGCAGAUGUGCGAGAGAGAGAGCGGCGAGCUGCAGGAGUACGCCAACAGUGUCCUGCAGCAGAUCGCCGACUACUGCCCGGACAUCUUGGAGCAGGUGGUCAACGCGCUGGAGGAGUCCUGCUGACCUCACCUUUUCCUGCCACACCCCCUCCACUGCUUCUCCGCCCAAAGAUAUGGGUCAGUGAACGCAACACUCACGUGCAGCGGGGAAUAAUACAGUGGAACCUCCAACGGAGUCUGUUCCCGUGUCAAACUCUUCCCCCCUUGCGUCUUCCUAAUCCUAUUUUAACACUGGUGUAAAGUUUCAGAUGCACCUCUCACUUCUUGUCACACAAGCGCAAAAAGAAGUGAAGCACCAUAAAACACUCACAAAAUAAUAAAGCCAAAGAAAAAGCAAAACUACGGAGCCCCUAAAUGGACAUGGGGGGC